AUGCGUUUUGACAAACGACCUCCCCUCCCGGCCCCGACAGAACCCUCGACUCUCAGUUCCGCAGACCACCAAGACACCCCUCUCCGCGACGACGUCGACACCAACCUCAGCGCGCGCACCGACAGGACUUCCUACAGCAUCCCCGAAGACGGCACGCCCGUCACCAUCAACACCACCAAGCCCUCGCUCCACCGAAAGUACCCCAGCCAGACGAGCCUGCUGAUCGAGUACUUCGAAGCCGGCAAGGAGAACGGCAAGACCCGCUCCCGCCCCAGCGUCCGCGUCAGAGUCACCCCCUCGUCACGCAAGAAGAACCGCCAGGGCUUCGACCAGCUCCACCUCACCCACUCCACCAAGAACAGCACCCGGCCCUCGUACACGCGCCGCAUCUCCCUGCAGCAGAGCACCCGCGACCACGUCCUCCACACCCACGCCCAAGACGCCUCGGACGCCUCCACUGUCUCGUCCCUGCCGCCCGUCGACAUCGAAGUCCUGAACAACAGCAGCGACCUGUCCACCAACGCCGGUCGCUUCAUGCCCAUGACCUCCGACGUCUCCUCCAUGCCCGCCGACAGCAUGCUGGAGGGCACCCCAGAAAUCAUGCCACCCGGGCGCCGGAGAAGCCGAAGCCGCGAGAGAGACACGAUUCUCACACACUCGCACGUCGCCGAGUCGCCAGAGAUGCUCAAGGCGCCCAAGCACCAACGAAGCAGGAGUCUGAGCAAGGACCGAAUCACACAGCGCGUCAUGGAGAAGCUGCAACAACAACAGCAGCAGGCGCAAACAAAAAUGUCCUCGAGCAGGACGAGAGACGCUAAGGAUUCUGGCAGGGAGCUGACUUCACCCCGCAAGUCGUCCAGACGGAGAAGCAAGGAUCCCCGCGAGGAGGAAGUGAGCACCAUGAGCGCAACAGAGUCGAGUCUGCUGUCUUCCAAUGCUGACCCCAGGUCUGGCAUCGCCUCUGUACGAUCUGGAAUCUCCGGCACUUCUUCCAUCAACAAUCCCAAGCUGCUUGCUACCGUGGAGGAUGCCAUCAGGCGGUUGAUCCUGCCCGAGUUGAAUGCACUCAAGGAGGAGAACCGCACCUCGAAGAAUAGAGACAAGUUCGAGCGCAUGUCUCGUGACAGCGGUGCCACGUUGGAGACGGUCGAGACGACGAGCUCGCGUGACCCAUCCACUUCAAGGCGGCGCGUGUCCAAGUCUUCGAGUGUACCCAACAUCCACGGUAGCCAGCCCAAGGUCGUACUCAACCGUGAGGGAGAAAACUCUGGCGAGAUUCUCUCUGGUAGCUCGAGUCGCAAGGAACGCAGAUCGAGUCGCGACUCUACCUCUGACCGUAGCCAUGUCGACUUGACGACCAAGACAACCACACGAGAGAACUCACACAAGAGGAGAAGCGGCCGCGCUGCGCGAGACGCAGAGAUCGCUGCUCUCGGUGCAUCUGGCCUAACCGCUGCCGCUCUGAAGCACCACACGUCUCGCGAAGAGCAGGCCGAGGACCGCAAGCACAGGAAGAAGCACGCCUCCCGAAGCAGUCGAAGCCGCUCAACGAGUGUUGCCGAGAGCGUGGAACAGGAGGAGUAUGUAAAGGACGUGCCGCCUAUGCCGUUCAUCCAGAGCGAACUCCACGGCUCCGAGCUAACCCGCGAUUCGAUUCUGUCUGCUGAGACUGAGACCAAGGGGCGCUCGAGGUCGACUUCCAAGUCAUCCACCACCACAGGUGCAGAGACGCCGCUUCGAGAAGUGCCGCGCGGAUUUCCUUCGCCCGCACCGCACACACCCACGAGGACAACCCCGGCUGCUCUUCAGCGGACCAUGGGCACCUCGCACAGCAAUCGCUCAACCGAGCAUGUCCGAUUAAAGUCACCGAUCAGUGACAGGAGCUACGGCUCUCGAUCAAGAGGCGUCGGGUCAGCAAGCCUCGAGGCUGCAGCUGCGGCCAAAGCUCGUGCCAUUGAGCGCUCAGAAACGCAGGCGUCUCACUACGAAAUCAUCGACACAACGCCAACGCGUGGUCUCAGCCCUAUACAGAGCGAGGCUAGCUAUCGUGAGGAUGUACACACAACUGGCUCGCCCAGACAUGUGCGAUCUGUUCACAGCAACGCAUCUGUGUCUUCGCUAGGGCGGCAAGCCGAGCGACAGCCGUCGAACCUGUCCAUUAGGUCGUUGGAAUCCACCGCAAGCACCAAAGCAGCCCGCACGCGCAAGCGCCCGCAGGGUGUCAACCUUGAGAGUGUGAGGUCCACGCUCGGCUCUCCGAAAACACCACAGACCCCUGGAGACGCAGAGCUCUUCUUCGAGCAGAAUCAUGAACAGAAUGAGAUAUAUCGGAGAGAGCUGGAAGAGAGCUCUCAGCUCUCACAAGACUACAGCUACAACCGCAUGACCAGCUACACCGACGACAGCGAAGGUGUGCAGUAUCUUGAUCACGAGCAGAAGGUGGACCUUGCGCACCAAGACAUACGGAGGGUGGAUGCUAGUCCCGAGUACGUUCACACUCCGCUUGCAGUCGAGUCGGCGGUCGCUUCGCUGCAUGAUCCGUCGACCGUUAGCGUUCGCUCUUCUGCUGUGUCGAGUCCGCUACGAGAGCCCAUAGCUAGCCCUCUCAAGAAGAGCCGCUUGUCGCAAGUCAGUCCUGCACCAAGUGACGACCGGAUUCUGCACAUUCGAGAGGACGAGAUCCCCAGCGGAGAGCGCUGGGGUGCGCUUCGUGAGAAGGCUGAGGCGCUGGUUCAUCACUCGCACCAAGAUAACUCGCCUAGGCAAAGCAUUGCACAGUCGUUUGAGGACCAGCCUGAAAUGCAUCACAGCGCCUUCCCCGUUCAGGAACACAUGAUGCCUGAGAUUGGAUAUGGGUUAGACAACGAGUCUGACAUCUCGACGAACCCUUCCAUCAUCCAGGGCCCACUCAACGGAGGCGAUGGCUACUACGAUCACACUGAGAACCCAAUGUACCGUCAGGAUGAGCGCGAACGCUCGUCUACUCGUCAAUCCAGCAGAAACUCUUUCAGAAAGAGUGGCACUGGCGCCGGCGCAGCUGCCGCUGCCGCUCAUCACCUGCACAACCGCAAUCCGUCCAUCGAUGAACAGCAUCAGGCCACCGUAGAAGACGACUACGAGUCCUACACGGGUGAGUCAUUUGUUGGUCAAGACGAGCAGCCUGGCUACGCGCAAAGCAACCGCACGCCCCUGUCAGGUGCGACUGGUUGGAAAGACGAAGGCUACCAAUCAGCUAACCAACGUGAAGGCUACACGCCUCAAAACCGCAAUCACUCCAAGGUCUUUGAUGACGAGUUUGCCGAUGAUUACGAUGAGACUCCUCUCGACGGUGAGGAUGUGUUUGCUUCCAACGCCAAACAUGGUCGCCACUUCAGCGGCAACUCUCACGGCAUGGCUUCUCCUCUCUACGAUGCUGCGACUGGCAAGGGCAUUGAUCGCAUUCAGUCCAAGGAUAUCGUGGCGCUCAUGGACCACCUGACUGUGAGAGAUGCACAGCGCAAUGCGAGGGACACGGAAAUCCUGGUCACACUCGUCCGCUCCGCAGCGGAGAUGCGCAACCAGCUUGAUGAGCUCAAGGGUUUCAUCAAGGUUCAAGACAACAUGAUCAUGAACACUACAGAGAAGAGGGUCGAUGUUGCCGAACAGCGCAUCUUGAGCGGCCCCCGGCCGCAGCCUUUCGGAUCGCCACGCGUUCCUCGCUCGUCCUCGGACGAUAUGGACGCUGAGGCCAAGAAGAAGAACGUGUUCAAACGCGCGUUGAAGGGUCUGAGCAUGAAGGGUGACAGCGACAUCAAGAACAUCGAGGCUAUGUUGAUGCAGCUGCUCGGCGAUGUGGAGGGCUUGAAGCACGUUCAGCAACUGCAGCUGGAUCAGAACAACCGCUCGAACAGUCUCACCUCUUAUGAGAACCUGCGGGCUAGCGGAGAUCCUGGAUACGAGCCAGAGGGUCGCGCCAAUACUGCUUCGUCGCCAAACCAGUCUGGGUACCUCUCGAACCCGGGCUCCUCCUCACGUCGCAUCAACGAUCUGCACUCUGGAUACGAUGUCGUGCAGACGAACCGCAUCAGCACGGUUCACGAGGAUGACGAAGAGUACCUUGAGCGCGAACCCCGAUACGAGAACAGCGAGCGCAUGACAACACCCACGCAAGAAGCCUUUCACAGCAGGAGCCUGUCACAGGAGAAGACGCCACCCGAGGCAGCGAGGACAAGCCAGAGCCAGAGUCAAGAAGAUACGCCAAAGAAGAACAAGCACAAGUCCAACUCAUCCUCCAUGUUCGGCAUUCCCAAGAUCUCUCGCUGGUCGAAGACGACAUCCUCCACCGAGCCGCGCAACAGCGUGGAAAAGCGCCCCUACUCCUCACACUCGCGCUCUUCUUCCCAAAAGAGCUACGACUCAUACGACGACGAGUAUUCCCAGAACGGUGAUGGCCACGACGACCGUAUGCGCUCCAAGUCUUCGCUUGCGCGCACUGCGGACGACCGCUCAUUCCGUUCAGCAGACGACCGCAGCGUUCGCUCACCAUCCCCGCUCAUUCCUGAGGAUGCGCUCCAGUACGAGAUGGAAGACCCCAAGUACCAGGCCCACCGCAACAGCCUGAACCUGCAACACCCGCAGCCGCGCGCAGGACCCACGGGCCGCCACCAAAACCACCUCGAGACCCAAGCCCAGGUCUACGAACCCAGCAACGUGACCUCGCCGGACUACGACCAGUGGGGCAGCAUGCCGUCCCUCUCUCGCAACAGGAUGAGCGCCGGCACCGCGUCUUACAACCCAGGCAACUUGAGUCCCAUCUCGAGUGACGGAGGCUACUCGGGGCACUCGGCAAGCGAGCAGACUGGGCGUAUCGCGCAGCCACAGAAGUUUGUCGAUGACGGGCCGUUGAUUCCGCCCAACAGUGGUGUGUUGGCGGGCUAUGGCCAGACGAGGCAGAUGUAUAGCAGCCCCAACGAGUUUGGGUCUCAGGGCGCAUUGACGCCAUUGGCGCCUAUUGCCGAGGUGCGGUAUAGUCUGGAGACGGAUUCGGGAAGGUACAGGGGCUCUCCCACACCCUCCCCCAGACCCAGCAGCGCCCACCUCCGGGCCUCCCAGCAGCAGAGCCCCCAGCGCAAAAUCACAGGCCCGCGACCCAUGGGUCCCCGCUCUCCCGCCCCCGGCGCCCACCAGGGCCAAUUCUCGCAGGCCCAGUCGCCGCUGCGCAACGAGAAUCUCAGCAGAGACGACACCGUCAUCCGCCGCAAACCCGUCGGCGCGCCCUCGCACACAGACACCGAGUCUCUACUCAGCUACCGCACAUCGCUCGACGGCAGCGACGACGGCAGCGAGACUUUCUAG